AUGAAGUCUGAAAGUGAUGCUGAAAAAGAUGAGAUUGUUCAAAAUGAAGAAGUUAAAAGCAUUGCUGAGGAAAUUGUUGAAACAAAACAGAAAAGUGAAAUUGAAGUAAAAAGAGCUGAAGAGCGUAGAGUUGAAAGAGAAAGGCUGCUAGCUCAAGAAGCAACAGAAAGGAGAAAAAGCGUGGUUGAGGAUGUUGUUGGUUCGUCAAGUCAAACUGAAGCUGGAGGAUCGUCAUCUCAAAUAGACAUUGAAAUGGUUGAUGUUGAAAACUUUCAAGUACAGGAUGUUGAAGCGGGUCAAGACUUCGUGCUUGUCGGUGAGUCUUCUGAAUCAUUUGAUCCUUAUGAAAUUAUUCACCGAGUUAGUGCUAUUCAGAAGAAAAGGAAGGCAAAAGAAACGUUGUUGUUAGAAUGGAAGACACAACAGUUUAUUCUUGUUGGUAAAGCUUCCACAGUGCCUUAUAGCGUCAAAGAAAUUGCGCGCCAGAUCAAGAUCAAAGAAAGGCGAAGAAAGGCCAAGAUAGCACGUGGAGAGAUUGUGGAUGAUGAUUCUGAUAUAGAAUUGUUUGGAGAUGAAGAAGAAGAGGAAGAUGAUAAUGAUGACGAUAAGAAAGAUGACUAUGAUGAUAAAGAUGACAAAGGUGAUAAUGACAAUGAUCAAGAGUCCAAAAGCGAGUGGCAGAGUCGGGUGAAAGUGGAUGCGGAGGGUGUGAUACUGCAGGUGGAGUCUGGCACUGGCACGGGAGUUGCUGAGCUCUCUCCAGCUCCUGUACGCGACGGGUCAGUGCCUCCUGCUGUAUCAUGA